UUUGUAUUGGGUGAAGUCAACUUCCGGUAAGUCUGUCGACAUAAUUCGAGACGGACGUAGUUUUGAUCUCUGUCGCUUCUCAAUUCACUUUUCUCUUCAUUUUUAUUUUCUCAGAACAGACGGUUCUACUUGGCAGAUUCAAGUCGUCUGUCUACACAGGAAAUAACGCUGGCGAAAGGACGUGCUAUGACAGUUUCGUGGAUGCUGAGAUGGUGCCUGGUAUCUUCGUUCGGUCUCUCUCUGCUGCUCGUUGCCACAUCUUCUAACGCGGAGUCGGUUCCGCUGGAACCAGGAAUCAAGGACGAUGCGGGACCACCGGGCUCCAACAAGCACAAACUGGGGGUGUCACACACCGUCGACAAAACGGGGCCCCUCGGAACACAGAAAGAGGCCGAAGCGAUAGGAUCAACUAAUUUGGGCUUCAUCCAUGCCUUUAUUGCUUCCCUGUCGGUCAUCAUAGUGUCCGAAUUGGGAGACAAAACCUUCUUCAUUGCGGCUAUAAUGGCCAUGAGACAUUCCCGGGUAACAGUGUUUUUGGGAGCGAUGGCAGCCCUGGCACUUAUGACUGUUUUAUCUGCCAUUCUCGGUUUUGCUACAACAAUUAUCCCUCGGAAAUACACCUUCUACAUCUCUUCGUUGCUCUUCGCUAUAUUCGGUCUGAAGAUGCUGAAGGACGGUUACGAAAUGUCCGCGGACGAUGGCCAGGAGGAGUACGAAGAAGUGCAAGCCGACCUGAAGAAGAGAGAGGACGAAAUGCAGAAGGCCAGCUACUCUCAGGACGUAGAGACUGGCAUCAUUCGAACCCCCGGUCGGCGGUGGCUGACCGGGUUAAUAUCUACGAUAUUCCUGCAGGCCUUGACUCUGACUUUUCUGGCCGAGUGGGGGGAUCGAUCCCAGGUGACGACGAUUAUUCUGGCGGCUCGUGAGGAUAUUUAUGGUGUUAUAAUUGGUGGUGUCUUGGGACACUCUCUUUGUACCGGACUAGCUGUGAUCGGUGGCCGGAUAAUAGCACAGAAGAUUUCUACAAGAACUGUCACAUUGGUUGGAGGGGUCGUAUUUAUCAUGUUUGCCCUUUCUGCUUUGGUUAUAGGUCCUGAGUGAUAACAUAUAGUUAUUGAUAUAUAUCACUGUAUAUUUAUGUAUAUAUUUGUAUGUAUGUAUGUGCGUGUGUGGUUCACACCAUCUAUUACAUUUCACUGACCUUUAUUAUUAUUAGUUCUUUUUGUUCUUUUUUAGCAAAAUCAUUUAUAAAAAUGUUUCUUCAUAAUUAGACUUAUGUCCAGUAUAUUCCAUAUCAAAGAUCUAUAAAAUUAUAGGCAUAAGAGAAACUAACAAGAAACAGGUGUAACUAUAUAUACCCUAACCCAUUACCUCUCAGUACCAUUUCGAGAUUUUUUUUUUAUCAUCAGAAUAAUGUGAAGAAUGUGGGACCACAAUAACAAGAGAAUUACAGUGUAUACACACACAUUAAUUAUAUACUAUUCA